GGUUACAGAUUGACUCCAGGAACAAUGUCGGGUGAACCGACUAAAGUCCUCCCCACGGCCAUAAAACAGCGUCACUCUCCAAAGGGCCGGGGGAAAGCUCGGUGCCGCUCUGCAGGUGAUGGGGACCAGUUUGGAAGAUUUGUCUCAGCCCCAGAAUGGAAACGCAGCGUUGGCCCGGCAAGAGGGGGCCCCCGAAAUCCUCACCGAGAAUUCGCAUGGGAAGGAGCCGGCGAGCAAGGGCAAGCGCCAAGCUGCCAGCCCAGGGAGGGAGCAGAAGGAAUUUGACAUGAUCUACAAGAUUGAGGACGUGCCGCCCUGGUACCUCUGCAUCCUGCUCGGCUUCCAGCACUACCUGACCUGUUUCAGCGGGACGAUCGCCGUCCCCUUCCUGCUGGCAGAGUCGCUGUGCGUGGGGAAGGACCAAUACACGGUCAGCCAGCUCAUCGGCACCAUCUUCACCUGCGUCGGGAUCACCACACUGAUCCAGACCACGCUGGGCAUCCGACUUCCCCUGUUCCAAGCAAGCGCACUCGCCUUCCUGGUUCCUGCCAAGUCCAUCCUGGCCCUGGAGAAAUGGAAAUGCCCCCCCGAAGAGGAGAUCUACGGCAACGGGACGUUACCCCUGAACACCCGGGCCCGGUGGCAUCCGGUGAUCAGAGAAAUCCAAGGGGCGAUCAUCGUGUCCAGCCUGGUGGAAGUGGUGAUCGGGCUUGUGGGGCUGCCGGGCGCACUGCUCAGCUACAUUGGACCUCUCACCGUCACGCCCACCGUCUCCCUGAUAGGACUGUCGGUCUUCCAAGCCGCGGGGGACCGUGCAGGCUCGCACUGGGGCAUUGCUGCUCUAUCCAUUUUCCUGAUUGUUUUGUUCGCCCAGUACCUGAGAAAUGUGACCUUUCGGCUGCCCGGAUACAAAUGCGGGAAAGGCUGCGUCGUGUUCAGGCUACAGAUCUUCAAAAUGUUCCCGAUCAUCCUGGCCAUCAUGGUGGUGUGGCUGCUGUGCUACGUUUUAACGCUCACGGACGUGUUCCCACGCAAUGCCGAGGCCUACGGCUACAAGGCCCGGACGGACGCCAGGGGGGAGAUCAUGUCCAUUGCGCCCUGGUUCCGCCUCCCCUACCCCUGUCAGUGGGGCUGGAUGUUCCUCCCCACCCUGGCCGGCAUUAUCGAGUCCAUCGGGGAUUACUACGCCUGCGCCAGGCUGGCAGGGGCCCCGGCGCCGCCCAUCCACGCCAUUAACCGAGGCAUUUUUACAGAGGGGAUCUCCUGCAUCAUUGCCGGGCUGCUGGGAACGGGCAACGGCUCCACCUCCUCCAGCCCCAACAUCGGCGUCCUGGGCAUCACCAAGGUGGGCAGCAGAAGAGUGGUGCAAUAUGGAGCGGGGAUCAUGCUUGUUUUGGGAACCAUUGGCAAGUUCACGGCUCUGUUCGCCUCCCUCCCCGACCCGAUCCUCGGAGGGAUGUUCUGCACGUUAUUCGGCAUGAUCACAGCUGUGGGCCUGUCCAACCUGCAGUUCGUUGACAUGAACUCCUCCCGCAAUCUUUUCAUUCUGGGAUUCGCAAUGUUUUUCGGGCUGACGGUGCCGAACUACUUGGAUUCGCACCCCAAUGCCAUUAACACAGGUGUUCCCGAAGUGGACCAGAUACUAACAGUGCUGUUGACAACGGAAAUGUUUGUGGGGGGGAGCAUUGCCUUCGUCUUGGACAACACCAUCCCAGGGACACAGGAGGAGCGCGGGCUGGUCCAGUGGAAGGCUGGAGCACAUGCAGACAGAACCACCGCUGCAAAUUUGAAAAGCUACGAUUUUCCAUUUGGGAUGAGUGUAGUCAAAAGGAUCCAGUGGUUGAAAUAUGUGCCAGUGUGUCCUGUUUUCAAGGGGUUCAGUUCAAGAACAAGGAAUUGUGACACAACGGAGAACGUAGAAGAGCACACAGACAAUCUCUUUGUAUGUACCAAAGUCUGAGACACUCCUGUGGUGCAACGGGGAGAAAUCGUUCAGUGCCACUUCAGUAUGACGCACACAGGUCUAGUUUGUAGGUCACUGAAGGAAGGCCAGGGGAGGAGAGCCGUGUCAAACUGAAGCAGGGGAAACAUAGGGAUCAGUUCCUAGGGGUGCCCGGUGGAUUCUACAAAGGAAACACACCCUAGUUUGAGUCACUCCUCUUUACACUGUGCUGUGUUCAGUCUUAGCCUGUGCAACAGUCUUGGCCCACUUCCUCUGCGAUGGCAUGAGCCUCCAGCUUUGAGCAGCUGGCUAGUGGGUGUCAGUCUUACAAAGCUCAAAGCCGCUGAGCCAAACCAGCAGAGCUGCAGCUGGACAGACUUCAAACCGACUUUUGCAUCAUUUCCAACUCGAACCUCAAACUGGUUUCAGAUUUGUUCAAAACUUUGCCCAGAUUCACUGACAUGCCCAGCCCUGCCCAGCCUCGUGAGCAUUCCAGUCACUGCCAGCAAAGUUUGGAUCAAAUUUUAAACCAAUUUAGGGUGAGAGAUUUUACACAGCUCAACUGGUCAUCCUGUGUAAUGAACUACCAUCUGGGCUAAAUUCAUUCCAGUGCAACUCCACAAACCUCAGCAGAAUUACAGCAGGGAUCAAUCUGGAUCGGCAUGGCUACCAUAGGACACGCAAUAUGGACACCAUGGCAUUUAUUGCUGGGAUAAUGCAGUUCACCACUAGAUCCGUUACUAUUACAAAUCACUGGUUUCUCGGUGUUUUUUGUUGCUAUGGGAGCGAACUGCCCCUUGUAUUUGCCUCCCUCAUCCUGCAGCAUAACCCUGGAAAAGUUUGUUAGAUAGCUCUGUGGAACCCCUCCAUCUUUCUUAUUACCUGUUCACACAGAGUAAAAGCUACCUAACCCUUUGCCAUGCUGCCGUUUAAGGGACUGCUAGGAAAUGCCCCCCAAAAAUUCUUGACUAUUAAGUGUUGGCAUGUGUAGAGUUCUUGAACUGUCAUAUAUGGAGGCCCAUUAACACCUACCUGAAUGCCCGAUCCAACAGGCUGUGGUUCUACACACAAUGCCAAUGUAAACCUGGCUUCCACACUCAGCAAUUCAUGACCAGAGCAAUCUUUUUUCACCUUGUGAAGGAAGUUCUGCUAGACAAAUGAUGCACCACCAAUUGCUGAGCAACUACCUAGUUGUCAAGAGUUUGCACAGGUAUAAUUAGAUCUUAAGUAACUGUUCAUUAUGCACAACAGUGAACAGAGCAGCUUGUUUUCUGAGCUGUAUUAGCUGAGGAGGGCUAACAUGUAAAGUGUGUGGGGGAGGGGCUGUGUGUGUGUCUCUUCCUCUCCCUCCCUGGUAUGAGAAAUGGAUUCUGAAUAUAGGAUGCAAUCAGUUGAAUUUUGCCUUCUUGCCCAGUCACUUUCCAGAAUUGCUUAGUGGGAAGUUUCUGCAAACACCUGUUUAAGUCCUAGGAACGGAACGCACAAGCACUGCACCUCGACCACACCCAAGCUGGGGCUAUUUAAUGCAAGGAGUGAUUCCUCCCUAGAGCUUGAAGUGUCCCAUUAAUACAAAAACACAGCUUGUAACUGGAGAUGCACAUGGGCCAGGGCACCCUUGCGGAAGAGUGAUACAAUCUUAAAGGGAAGGGUCUUUGUGACUAGCAAUGCUGCCAGAGAGCACCCACUGCCACUUGGAAGUGUCAUUAAUAAACCUCUCGUGCUA